AUGCAGUCGCUGCUGCUGCUGCUGCGCCAUCCACUCGCACACGACCCGGGCCUGCGGGAGGAGGCCCAGCUCGCCGCAGAGCACCAGCAGGAGCGUCGCGCCGCACUCUGGGGCGGGCUCGACCUCACGCGAGCGCGGUUCACGCGGUGCAAUCUGGAAGGGGCCGACUUCGAGUGGGCCAACCUAAACGAGGCGCGGCUGAUCGACUGCAACCUCAACCGAGCGAUGAUGGCGGGGGUGAAUCUUUCUAAGGCCAACCUGUCGAGUUCUUCAUGUGUGGGCACCAACCUGAAAGGAGCGGUGCUGGAGGGCGCAAUGUGCGCAAACACGGUCUUUCAAGAUGCCAACCUUGCAGGAGCCGAUCUCACAAAGAUGAAUGGCGGAGCAGCUUCAUUUGCAAUGGCCAACCUCACAGCUGGCUGGAAGACUCACCCACCUUUCCAACAGGAGCAAACAUGA